GCUAAACCCAAUAGUCACCUCUAAACCUAAAUCUCCCUUUUAUCUCACUCAAUCAAAACCCUAAUCUUAUCUUUUCCUAUAGCUGUGUCCGAGUUACAAAGCUAUGUGAAUUCAUAACUAUUUCGGUUUACGUGUAAGCCAUUUGGAUAAUGCUUUCGGUGAUGGUGUCGGUGUGCUAUCCGCAUUGGUGAUUUAUAGGGUUUGGAUAUAUCUGGUGGAGUUUAUUGGUGUUAGAUGGGUUGCAUUUAAACGUUGUUACGGCUGGUUUUGUUUAAUCAUACUCCGUCUUGAUCUGCAGAUCAUGAUUAAUUGCAUUGAUGAUUUGGUUAAAAAUGUGUUUCUUAAGUGGUUAUGGACUGAUGCAGGAAUGAAGGUGAUGCCGGUGUAUCUAUAUAGACCUGUUUUUGUGUAGAAUCGAGUAGUUGAAGAUGUCGUUUAAGAGUAUAAUUCAGGACAUGAAGGGAGAGUUUGGUAGUAUUUCUAGAAAAGGGUUUGGUUUGAGGUCGAGAUCACUAAAAUUGGUCGAGGACGAAUCUAUGAGCAUUGUUGAUGCGUUGAAGCAGAGUUGUUGGGCCAACAUGCCGCCGGAGUUGUUGCGGGACGUGUUGAUGAGGAUUGAGGCAUCCGAGUGUACCUGGCCUCCUCGGAAGAAUGUGGUGUCUUGUGCCGGUGUUUGUAGGAAUUGGAGAGAAAUCAUGAAAGAAAUUGUUAAGAACCCAGAACUUUCUGGCAAAUUGACUUUCCCCAUAUCACUGAAACAGCCUGGUUCAAGAGGAUCUCUGAUACAAUGCUAUAUAAAGCGGAACCAAAGCGCUCAAACAUAUCAUCUCUACCUCAGUUUGAAUCAAGCAUCAAACGAUGAUGGGAAGUUCCUUCUUGCUGCAAAAAAGUGUAGACGUGCCACAUGCACAGAUUAUAUUAUCUCUCUCAAUCCAGAAGAUGUAUCAAAAGGGAGCAGCACUUACAUCGGAAAAUUAAGAUCAAACUUCCUUGGGACAAAAUUCACAAUCUAUGAUGCACAGCCUUCAAAUGGUGGAGUUUUGGCAACAAAAUGUCGUUCAUUCAGACCAGGGAGUAUGAAAAGAGUGUCGCCCAGAGUUCCUGUUGGAAACUACCCGGUUUCCCACAUUUCAUACGAGCUGAAUGUCUUGGGGUCCAGGGGUCCAAGAAGGAUGCAAUGUGUGAUGAAUGCAAUCCCUGCAAGUGCCAUGGAGCCAGGAGGAGUGGCUCCAACUCAAACCGAGUUCCUGGUCAACAAGACGGAUUCGUUUUCAUCUCUUCCCUUUUUCAGAUCAAAAUCUGCACGCAUGGGAAUGGACAGUUGUGAAUCCUCCCUCCAUUCGGAGACGAAGCUGCUGAUGCUGAAGAACAAGGCGCCCAGGUGGCAUGAACAGCUACAAUGCUGGUGCCUCAACUUCAAUGGGAGGGUCACAGUUGCUUCGGUUAAAAACUUUCAGUUGGUGGCUUGUAGUGGGGAGGAGAAUGGAGAAGAUGUGAUUGUACAGUUUGGGAAAGUUGGAAAAGAUGCAUUCACCAUGGAUUAUCAGUACCCGAUAUCAGCCUUCCAGGCCUUUGCUAUAUGCCUUAGCAGCUUUGACACUAAAAUUGCCUGUGAAUAACCACCCAACCAACUUACCAACUUGCCUGUGUAAUUUUGAUACUACUUGCAUUGUUUUUUGUUUUUUUUCCUGUUCCUGUUGUUGUAUAUGCAUGCUUCAUUCAUAUCGUUUGUAAGAUGAUCGACCAGAAAGAUAGAUAACUGUCAGCAGAAACUGCUUGCCUAAUUCACUCCGAUGCUCUCUAUUUAAUAUUUAUCAUCAAACGUUUUCAGGUAA